AUGCCCCUGAAACUAGAUAUAAAGCGGAAGUUGACUGCGAGGUCUGAUCGCGUAAAAUGCGUGGAUCAGCAUCCUACAGAACCAUGGCUCCUUUGCGCUAUAUAUGACGGCGAUGUCAACAUUUGGAAUUAUGAAACUCACACGCAGAUCAAGAGGUUUGAGGUAUGCGACCAACUACCCGUAAGAUCGGCCAAAUUUGUCCCAAGAAAGAACUGGGUGGUUACGGGAUCUGACGACAUGCAAAUUAGAGUUUUCAAUUAUAACACUCUGGAAUGUGUCCACUCUUUUGAAGCUCAUUCUGACUAUGUAAGAUGUAUUGUUGUACAUCCGACACAGCCUUACAUUCUUACAAGUAGUGAUGAUUUGUUAAUAAAACUAUGGAAUUGGGACCGCAAUUGGGCAUGCCAGCAGGUGUUUGAAGGGCAUACUCACUAUGUAAUGCAGAUUGCAAUUAAUCCAAAAGACAACAACACAUUUGCCAGUGCAAGUUUGGACACUACAGUAAAGGUGUGGCAGUUGGGUGCCUCAGUAUCUAACUUUACUUUGGAAGGCCACGAGAAAGGUGUGAACUGUGUGGAUUAUUACCAUGGCGGUGACAAACCAUACCUUAUCAGUGGUGCUGAUGACCGUCUCGUCAAAAUAUGGGAUUACCAGAACAAGACUUGUGUGCAAACUUUGGAAGGCCAUACACAGAAUGUGACUGCUGUUUCAUUCCAUCCUGAGCUCCCGAUACUACUGACAGGUUCCGAAGAUGGCACAUUAAGGCUCUGGCAUGCUGGUACAUACCGUCUGGAGUUCUCACUCAACUAUGGCUUAGAGAGAGUUUGGACCAUAUCUUCACUGCUGGGAUCAAAUAAUGUUGCUAUUGGCUAUGAUGAAGGUACGAUAAUGAUCAAAAUUGGAAGGGAGGAACCAGCUAUAUCAAUGGAUGUGGCCGGUGGAAAGAUAAUUUGGGCCAAGCACUCUGAAAUGCAGCAAGUUAAUUUGAAGGCAUUGCCAGAAGGCAUCGAGAUUAAGGACGGCGAACGAGUGCCAGUGGUGGCCAAAGAUGUCGGGGCUUGCGAGAUCUAUCCGCAGACGAUCGCCCACAACCCGAACGGUCGCUUCGUUGUUGUCUGCGGUGACGGCGAAUACAUAAUAUACACCGCAAUGGCGUUGCGCAACAAGGCUUUCGGUUCGGCGCAAGAGUUCGUGUGGGCACAAGACAGUUCUGAAUAUGCAACAUUGGAGAAUUCAAGCACAGUCCGAGUCUUUAGAAACUUUAAGGAGAGACAGAGUUUCAAGCCAGACUAUGGCGCGCAAGGUAUCUUCGGCGGUUACAUGCUUGGUGUAAAGUCAAUAAGUGGCAUGGCUUUCUCGUUCUAUGACUGGGAACGCUUGGAAUUAAUUAGAAGGAUAGAGAUUCAGCCCCGGAAUGUAUAUUGGUCAGAGAAUGGGAACAUUGUGUGCCUGGCAACCGACGAGUCUUACUAUCUCCUGAGUUACCAUCCCAAUGUCGUGAAUCUUGCCCGUCAGACCAACACCAACAUAACCGAAGACGGCAUUGAAGAUGCGUUUGUUGUAGUGGGCGAAGUGAACGAAGUAGUGAAAACUGGUAUUUGGGUGGGGGACUGCUUCAUAUACACAAACUCACUGAAUAGAAUCAACUACUAUGUUGGCGGAGAGAUUGUAACAAUAUCCCAUCUUGACCACACUAUGUAUAUUCUUGGAUACGUAGCUAAGGAGAAUAGAUUGUACUUAAACGAUAAGGAGUUGAACAUCGUUUCGUAUUCACUGCUUCUGCCGGUGCUGAACUAUCAGACGGCCGUUAUGCGAGGAGACUUUAUGACCGCAGAUCGCAUUCUGCCCACCAUUCCACACGACCAUCGCACCAGGGUUGCGCAUUUCCUGGAGAAGCAGGGUUUCAAACAACAAGCGCUCGCUGUGUCAACUGAACCAGACCAUAAGUUUGAGCUAGCUCUGUCACUCGGAGAACUCCAAAAAGCAAAACAACUUGCCGAAGAGGCUACUAUUGCGGAAGGUGCGCCAUCAGCUACGUCGUCCACGAGAUGGUCCCGGUUGGGUGCAGCAGCCGCAGCAGCAGCUGACACUGAACUGACUAAACUAUGCUACCAAAAUGCUAAAGAUCCUAGUGCACUACUCCUUUUCGCUACUAGCACAGGUGACAGAGAGCUGUUAGAAAGUGUAGCAAACACUUCAGUUGAAGAGGGUGAAGAUAACGUCGCGUUUGUCACACAAUUUAUGUUAAAUAAACUAGACAAGUGUCUCGAAUUGCUCAUAAAGAGAAAUAAACUACCAGAAGCCGCAUUCUUUGCCAGAUCAUACAUUCCAUCAAGAGUUAACGAAGUAGUGGCGCUCUGGCGAGAAACGGGCAAAAGCUCGAACAAGAAGUCGCGUCAGUCGAUAGCGGAUCCGAAUUCCUAUGAAAAUCUAUUUCCAGAAUAUUCGGAAUCCCUUCAGCUGGAGAGGUAUCAGAACGAGAUUGGUUACGCGCAUAGCAAUAAUCUCGUCAAUUUGCCAGAAAACGUCUCUACGAGUAAUGUCGAGAGAGACCUUGCAGCUGAAAUGGCACAAAUACCCUACUCCGUGUCUUCUACCGUACAACAGAAACAAAUCAACCCACAACCGAGUGCUGACGGACCACCCCCAAGUACAGCGCCUGCGCGCGAUGCCAAGUCUAAUAACCUCAACGAUACCUUAGACCUCGAAGAACUAGAGCGGGAACUAGAAGAUUUAAAUACUGAUAGAAAUCUGAAUUACACGGAAAUAAUGGACAAGUCAGAUUUACUCUCGAACAUAUCCUGCCCCGUGCCUUCUACCGUACAACAGAAACCAAUCAACCCACAACCGAGUGCUGACGGACUACCCCCAAGUACAGCGCCUGCGCGCGAUGCCAAGUCUAACGAGUCCCUCAACGAUAACUUAGACCUCGAAGAACUAGAGCGGGAACUAGAAGAUUUAAAUACCGAUAGAAAUCUGGAUUACACGGAAAUAAUAGACGACUCAGAUUUACUCGCGGACAUAGAGGAGUAG